CAUUCAGAUUGAUUUUACACUACGCGACGAUGUGUCGGAAGUUUAGUGUUUGCCCUCCUUACUGACAUUUAUUUUUUAAAGAGAAUAUUUCUUUCGAAAUAAUUUGUUUACGGUCACGAUAUCAUAUAGACUGAUUACAUGCCUACCUUCGACCAAUACAGCGAGCCAAGACGUAGUCGAUUUAGGAGAGGUAUGGCCAAUACUACUAUGUGUCUCUCGGCGGACAUUUUGAGAAAGUAUUUAGAGGAAGAUAACUCGUCAGAUUCGUUAAAAGUAUUAAUUCUAGACUGUCGAUCGUUUCUGGCAUAUAACGACGGUCACAUUAUAGAUUCCCUAAACAUUCACUGCCCUUCUAUCUUGAGGAGGAGGUCUGGCGGUACGUUACCGUUAAGUACGUUGAUCUCCGAUGCCAGAGUGCGGGAUUUAAUUUUGACAAAUGUACACAGGACGAUUAUAUUAUACGAAGAGCAUUCUCGUCCCAUUCACGACGAUACUAUGACCAGCUUCGUAGCGAAAUGUUUGAAGAACGAAAUUGGUAGGACCGUUUUGGUUUUAGAAGGUGGUUACCAACAAUUCAGCCAGUCUUACCCUCAUCUAUGCACAAAACCGUUAACGCCGAUUCCAUCCAAUGGGAUGAUCAGUCCAUCCAUGUUGACCAAUGCUCUAAACGGUAGAUUAAGUGCUCCUUGUCCUAACCAAGACCAAGAAGAGCCAGUAGAAAUUCUACCGUAUCUGUAUUUGGGAAGCGAAUAUCACGCAUCUUGCAAGGAGACGUUACAGAGAUUGGGUAUUACGUCGUUACUAAAUGUAUCACAGAAUUGUCCCAAUCGUUUCGAAGAUUCGUUUAUUUACAAAUCGAUUCCGGUAGAGGAUUCGGGAAACGAAGAUAUUGCCAUUUGGUUCAACGAAGCUAUCGAUUUCAUAGAACGCAUUAAAUCGGAAAAUGGCAAAAUCCUCGUUCACUGUCACGCCGGAAUAAGCAGAUCGGCAACUAUUUGUAUGGCGUACAUCAUGGCUACCAAAAGGAUUCGUAUGGAUGAAGCUUACGAAUAUGUUAAGUCUAAAAGACGAAUCGUUUCACCAAAUUUCAAUUUCAUGGGACAAUUAUUAUCAUUCGAAUCUCAAGUAUUCGCGCCAUCAUCACGCUGUAAACCCACUCCAUCUCCCAGAUCACCACUAGUGGCGAUAGUGGCAACUACACCAGAUGCAGAUUCUCUCACUCCAUCUCUGGGUGCCCAACAGAAUGUCUUUGAUUUUACCAUGACGUCAACACCAUCUCACAUUUGUAUUUGAAAAGGAGGAGUAAAAGAGGGGGAAAAAAUCAAAGUUUCUUAACAACAGGGUUCCAAUAAUAACAAUAUUCAUCAUUUUUUUUCGGUACUUAAUGCGGAACUAACACUUAGACUCUUAACAGUAAAGUUUUUAUUGGAGUUCUACACCUCCCUAAACUAGUCGUGUAUAAAGAAAGAGAUGUUAAUCGACCUAGUCAUACUGUACCAUACACAUAUAAAAACUUCAUAUUUCUUUAUCAUCUCUUACAGAGUACAAAAAAUACUAUUAAAAAAUCAAAGUGGACCAACACAAUAAAUAAUUUCUGGUGAAAAGUAUAUUUCUAACGUCCAGAUUAAUGACUUCAAACUUUCAUCGUAAUAUAAUCUCAUAAUUAUUUUUAGAAGCAAUUGUAUAGGCUUCCUCUGAGAAUUUCUGAAUAUUUAAUAUUAUGUAACAAAUAUAUAUAUAUAGUAUAUGUGUAUACAUAAAUAUACUAUUUAUAUUUAUAUAUACAUGUAUAGAUAGCUUUUUAUCACAUUAGAAACUUAAGAAGUGUUUUGUCAGUUGCCCGGGACCAUCGUGAACUAGAAUAUAAAUCUGGUACUUUAUAUUUUUCCAAGAUAGUUCAGUCACGAAAUACCGAAAUCUAAUCGUUUAGGAAAGCUCUUUGUUUUGUAAAUGUUUUAAUGUUUGUGUAAUGCAAUUUGUACUAAAAUUCUAGUCAGUCUUACAGUUUAUUUAUUUGCACAUCGACCAAUUGCCACUGAAAAAUUAUAUAAUAAAGAUGUUAUAUACCUGUU